AUGGGAGAUCGCGGCAAUAAGAUUCUACUUCUUACGUCGCUGGUGUUCUUAUUACACUUUGUAAUGAAAAUAGAGAUGGUACAUGGAAAUAGCGUCAUUUUAAAUGCCAUGAAAGCUGCUGAGGCCGAAGAGGACAAGCAUCGCUCUGACUGCGCUUCAAAGCGACGUGUUAAACGCCAUGAUCACGCACGGUUUCCACAAUCUCCGCCAACGGGGUCGCAAUUUGGAAAUGCUCUGAGUUUACUUGAUGACGCAGUAGUGCGAUUUACAGGAACCGUCAAAAUACCAUCGCAUCAGUUCACAGUAGACUUUUGGAUGAGACCCGAAGGUGGCCAGGUAUCGCCGGUGACAGUCCUCGGUCUGUUUGAUGACUGUUCGCCGGACAAAAAAGACGGUGGUUGGGCGAUAGGCCUGGAAGAGGCAAGUACUGAGCGAAGCCUGAGAGUUUUUUUUAGACUACGAACGCAAAGAUCAGAUAACGACACGAAACUGCUUUCUCCGCGCAGCGUGGAACCAAACGUAUGGCUUCAUGUUGCAGCAACAUUUAAUGGAAAGAAAAUGAAAUUGUACGUAAAUCAAGCCAAAGUUGGAGUGUCUUCGGAACAAAGCGGACACAUUUUCGCCGACGGCUUCGACUCUUACCCCUGUGAGCACUUAGAGGCGGGGGGCGAUCACUCAACCGGAAUGUUUUAUCGCGGUUUGAUCGAUGAGGUUCGACUGUGGUCAGUUGCGAAAUCACACAAGGAAAUCAUCAAGAAUGUUUUUGCCCCGAUUAGAGAUAAAGAACCAUAUCUUGAUGAUCUUAAUCUUGCAAUGUACGAAAGUUUCGCCGAAAAGGAAAAACUCAAUCGCAAUCCAAAGACCAGAUGGGUGACUGUUCUUGGAAAACCGGACAUUUUGCAGUCAACUAUCCCAGGCGAUGCCAACGAUUUUUCGAUCGUUAAACCCCCGUGUGGUGUAACAGUAUGUGACAAUCCUGAGAUUACCCGCAGUUAUGUGAAAAAUAAGCACCUGCGAGGAAAAAAGGUUGUGCGAUAUCGAGUUGUUAAUAUAAUGGAAGAUGACGGCACCAAUCCUAUGGUGACCAAGAAACAGUUGAAAGCGCAGCACGCUCAUCUAAACCGAGCUUUCAAGCGGUACAACAUCACAUUUCAACUUAGCGAACGGAACAUCCGAAACACCUCCUUACGACGGCGCACGGUGACAUACCAGUGUGAACGCGAAAAGAUCGGCGAUUCGCGCUGCAAUAAACAGCAUUGCAAUUACGAAAUUACGGGAAAUGACGGCGGCGACUGUGAUGAUCCAAAAUUCAGAUGUGACGCCAAAAAGCGCGGGAAUGGCAUUUGCGACUUAGAAUGCAACAAAUUCUACAACGCAUGGGAUGAUGGUGAUUGUUGUAACGAGAGUGUAACAGACAUUUAUAAAACUUGCUUCGAUCCUAGUUCUCCAAACAGAGCGUACAUGAGCGAGAGAGAGUACAAGACUCUGGUCAAUCUAGACAAUCAAGAUUACUUGAACGUUUACCUGGCUCAGUGGAGUAAUGACGACUUACAAGGCCUGGCCACUUUUCCUUGGGACAAAUCCGUGCAUAGUAUAUAUGGUGGUACCAUUCUGGGCCUGAAGAAUUUCGGUCGCAAACAGCAUCUGGAUGCCCUUGUUCACGAGUUUGGUCACAUGUUAGGCUUGUGGCAUGUACAUUACGGGGUGACUGAUUUAGAUUGCACAGAUGAUUGUGCAGAGACUUUCCCUUCACUCGAGUUGGGUGAUUUAUGCUCUGACACUAACCCCACCCCAGCUAACAACCAGUGUCGAGAUCCCGUUGUUAAUGAAUCGGAAAGGACGUGCGGAGUCAGGAAGUUCGUGGACACUCCUUUUUCAAACUACAUGAGUUACACAGAUGGCUCCUGCACCGAUUCGUUCACAGAACAACAAGUGGCUCGAAUGCACUGCUACAUUGAUUUGAUCCAUCAGUCAUGGCAGGGCGCCAAGACAACACCUUCGUUCAUCCCCAUUCCUCCACGCGUAACAUCUAAAACGAAGGACACCGUCAAGCUGACCUGGAUACCACCGCUAGGAACUGGAGGAGGAAAUGCGCUUAAGGGUUGCCAUGAGUGCCGCGAGGACAAAGUAUUUCAGCAAUAUGCUGUAAGUGCGUGGAGCCCCUGUCCCUCCCGUCCCAAUGGAUAUUGGGCUCCGCAUCAGGCCAUUGGUGCCCCAGAUGUAGCUAAGCCUUGCAUCAUGAGCGUCGUGGGGUGGAGUCCCUUCCGUACGCAGUGUUCGGAAACGUUUAUCGAGUUUGGAUUCAAGGAAGCUGUUAUUCCAACUAAACUCUCUGUAUGGGUACUGUUUUCCUCUAAGGAUGGAAUUACCAACAUACAGUUAAUCUUUGCGGAUGGUUCAAAGUUGUCGCUGGGGCACUUUACAGCACAGUGUGAUGCACCCCUUACAAUUCCUUUAACACCCUACUCAUUAACCAAGAAGAUUUCAAAUGUUAGAAUCUACCUGAAGAAGGAAAUAUCGACUGUCAUUGAUGCCAUUCAGCUAACCUCGUCUGUUGAUCAUCCAAACUGCCUCAAAUGUGAUCCCAUGAAGUACUUGGUGACUAGAGAUCCACCCUUUCCAGAAGGUUCUUCAGUGCCUGUGGAUACCACCCAGUUUGAAGACAGGUAAUUAAUUUUGUCAUGAGUCCUAAUUCUUCAACCCCUUGGAGUGAUUAAUAUGUCUAUUUUCCUCCCUCCUCCAAAUAUUACACUGCUAACCCUUUAAUUCCCAUGAGUGACCAAGACAGAAUUUCUCCUUACAAUAUCAAUACAAUAUCAAGCAGACAGGUGAUGAGAAUAAAAAAAAAUAUCAGUAAGGGGAUCAUAAGGUGAUCCAAUACCAAAUUCUCCAAACUAACAUCACCAGAACUGUAUUGCAGACAGUAAGGAGAAUUACUGAUGAGAUCUUGGGAGUUAAAUGGUUAACCAUUUCAUCCCAGUAAUGAAACCAAGACAUACUUUCUCAUUACAAUAUCAGGCAGACAGGUGAUGAGAUUAUCAAAAAACAUAAUUAUGGGGGUUAUUAUUUGAUCCAAUACUAGAUUCUCGCAACUGAAGUUAUAAAACAAUGUAUGGCAGACUGUGGAGAGUUACUGAAAAGAUCUUAGGAGUGAAAGGACUAAGCAUACAUGUAAUGAGAUGUAUUAGACAUUGUUUGGAUCUAACAACAAAUUCUCGUUACUAGCCAACAUGAAAAUGUUUCAAUGACUGUAAAAAUAUGAAAUACAUAAAUGAGAACUGUGGAUAAAUAAAUGAAUGUGGAAGCGAUCUUCGCAGUAAUGAACACUACUUAAGCAGUAGCCUUAUUUUUUUACUACUGCUUAAGUACUGUUCAUUACCCCAAAGAGCACUUAUAUAUUCAUUUCUUUAUCUGCAGUUCACAUAUAUGUUUCCCAUAUAUUUGCAGUCAUUUAUUCAUCACCCCAUGAGUUUACUUGGAACCAACAUAAUGACCUGCUCUCAGUUGGCUUGUUAGCUCAGUUGGUAGAGCACUCCACCGGUAUCGCAGAGGUCAUGAUUUCAAAUCCAGUACAGGCCUGAAUUUUUUUCAAGCCUUAUUUUCACUACUCCUUAUGUAGUGUUCAUUACUGGGAAGAUAGAUCCCACAUUCAUAAAAAUGUUUGUUAAUAAGUGAGGUAGAUGAGCGUUAUAGUCUUACGAAUUCUAAGGAGUGACUCUUUUUAAGUUCUGAUUUGGAACAGAUAUCUGUUUUUAUAUCCAAACGUAUUAUCAUAUGUUGGAUUGUUUCUUUCUUAAAUUUUCCCAGAUCUACGUGUAUACUUUGUUGCCCUUAGGUUGAUUUCAUAGUAAUGUACUCACAUUAGCAUCCAUAACUUUCAGGAAGAAAGUACAUCAAGCAAAACGGUUUCUGUGCUUUUCGUACGUUUUCCUCGCCGUUACCUCGACUUAUUUUGGGGAUAAUACUAUAGAAAGUUUAAACAAGACACGAUUAUUUUCUCCCACGCCCCAUGGAAAUUAAUAUUCAAAUCAUUGGUAAAAUAGAUAAAUGAUAAAUUUUCAAAGGCAGAUGAGGUAAAACUAACUGAAACAAUGACUGGCGAGCAGCUGAAGAGAUUUAUUUUCGAUGAUGCACUCAGUCACAAUUGUUCUCUUUCCUCAGUUACCUGGAACCAGGGCAGGAGUACACCUACACGGUCCAAGCUGUAACAAGUCAAGGUCUUACAGGUCCACCUUCUCCUCCCUUGCUGUACUUGCCUGGGCAAGGCUUUUGCGGAGACGGCAAGGUUGACAAAAGUAUUGGCGAAGAGUGCGAUGACGGAAACCUACGGGACGCCGAUGGCUGUAACAUGCAGUGUAAGAAAGAAGACGUGUUUCAUUGUACAGGUGAGUAAGCAUCAAUGUACAUUUUCUCCCAGUUUGGAAGAUAUAUUUCAAGCAAGCGUGCUACGAGAGUAAAUACUGAAGAUUUUGUUUUUAUAGAGUGUUGAUAAAUCAUCCUAUAUAGGGGACAGAUUUUACAAUGAAGUGGAGUAGAAUAUUUGUGAUUCGGCCAAUUGACGCACGCGUAAAGUUCUGAACCAUGGUUUGGUUUUGGUGUUAUAAACUAGUCUUCACUGUAUAUUCUAUUUUUGUCUCAGAUUACAUUUCACAGGUUGCUAAAGUUCUGCGGUUCAAAAUCCAUCUUUCAUCUAGGGCUGACUUAAUAGUGUGUUAUCUUAGUUAUCCACAGAUUAGUGGAGAUUUCCGAAAAUAGAGGAGACACUUUUACCGAAAGCUUGCCAUUGAGUGAUGGCAUAGUGAUAUGCAAUCUAGCCUGUCAAGCAAUCUUUUCUUUUCCUUUAAAUUGGAAACUUAUUAAAAAACUAUCACUUAUUUUUUUCAACGAACGUAUCAUUUUGCAUUGUGCUUGCUGUUUCAUCGCUGAGGUCCUCGGGAUGUGAUUGAUUUCAAUCUCGGACAUGGUGCCAGCAAGAGACUAUCAAAACAUAUGGAGUAGGUAAAACAAAUUCAUAAGCUCUUUUCAAAAAGAAUGCUUUGAAUUUUCCGACUCUGAUAUAUUUCUGGCCUCCGAUGUAAACACUUAUCAAUAAUCGUUUCCUUGCGUUUUCCGAUUUCUUAGCGACUAAUUGAUUGUGUUCUGACAUUUGAAAAAGUUUGACGACCGCGAGUUGAUUUUUUGCCAGAAAUUAAAGUUGUGUUCGAAUUGAAUUGUAUUACGAGAUUUUGAGCUAAAUGUUGGAAGAGUAGGUACAUCUAACGGUUAGUUUUACGGCGAUGAUACUCUUGAAAGGGCGCUCUGCUCUAUACAAGGGGCAUAUGAAAGGGCAGGGCCUUCAAAGGCUGAGCUGAAGAAAAGGGCAAGGAAAACUGCAAUCGAGCUUUGAACUUUGCGGAAAAAUCUUCGAGUGUGAAAUCGCAUUACGUUAAUUGGUGGACGUAUCUUCGCCGCCGUUUUUUAUGGAAUUUAAAUGAAGCGUAAUCUUUGCUUGUCGAUAAAAUAUAACAAGAUAGUAUAUCUAUGAAAUAAUCCUAAAAUCUUCAGUUUUGACAACACUCUGCCCACCCAAAUCAUUUGUAGUGCAAACACUAAAAUUAGUCGCUGAUUCUUACGAAAGAGAAAGCGUUUCAGGCUUAGCACCUAGUCUUAAAAAAAGAGCCUCUUUUUCUCCCCUUCCAUUUAAAUAGGCCCUUCACGUAAAGGUUAGGAACCUAAUCAUCCAUCAUCUGCGAGCUCCUCGAGUCCCUCCGAUUAGACAAUUUAAUCGAACUGAACUGAGACCUAAAAGCUCAUAUGAGCACCUAUUCAGGUGAACUGAAACUCGAAAGAAAAAUUAUGCCAGGAUAACAGAAUGAGCCAAUAAGAAGCUUAGAUAAAGAUAACAAAAGCUUUUUGUGGGAUUUUACAUGCAAUGAAUACGUGCCAAGAUGCUUGCAACAAAGUGUUUCUCUACCUACUUCAAGAGAUGGUCACCGCAAAAAAAAAUACAAAAAAAACAAAAGAAAAACAAAACAAAACAACACAAAAAACUAAGAAAGAAAAAUGAUAAUCUGUAUUUCUGAAAUGUGAUCUUAAGAUUCACGGGCUGAAAGCUAUUUUCAUUUCUUCAGCUUAAUUCAUCAGGUAUCUCUUACCAGGAUUUUUCCUAACGGCUUUAUCUCAAAUACUUAUUGUCGUUUGUAUACCUUUGAGUUGUGCCAGCUGUUGCACUUGGACUGUUUGCUCAUCAUUUUCUUAGAAUUUCUAAAACAGAUUUUGAGAAGAGCAGAACUUUGAAAUGUAUACAAGGAUGGAACGUAAUCCAGUGUUUUAAAUGGAUCUCUUCCGGCUUAAAGUCUUAGCUAAUGACUACGUUUUUGAUUAGCUUAGACAUGCACACACUGUCCGAAAUCAACAAGGUGGUCUUCAGGAAUUUAGUCGACAAGUGAUGGCAAAGACCAGUUUAUCCUUUGUAGCUGGCGGUUUUGUGUGCGCGAACAGACGAGUAGUGAAGCAGUGAGCAGAAAAAAUGUAUCUCCGCCUCAAACCUCUGGCCGCUCAUUGCUUUUGUACACACAAAAUUGCCAGCCACGCAGUUACAAAGGUUUUGUCCGUGAUAUUCUGAGACAUUAUCGUUUGAAAGAAUUGGAACUGUUUUUAUUUUUGAAAAGAUCUUAUUUUAGAUAAUAGAGAUGCUCAACUUUUGUCUGGCGGUCGCGAGGUAUUCUCGCAAAAGUGAUAAAAAAAUUCAGCACUGGAGUAUCCUGCGCGCUCAUUUUCUGUUGCCCGUACUUUGUCUCGCCCUUUCAAGUCUGCAAAAAAUUUCUUUUUUGACUCCCAGUUUGUAAAUUUUUUCCGUAAAAAAUUCAAGCAAGUAGGUAGUGAGAGCUGAGAAAGUUAAUAGAACUACGAAAAUAGUAAACCGGGGCGUCAGUGGCGUUGGGCGUAGAAGGGAGAAAGGUUUCCCUCUUUGUUCGCUCUGAAGUUCUAACGCGCGCCGCUUACAAACUAAAUGCUUGAAAAGAGGCCAGAAAGUUAAUUAAUUUUCGAAGGGCGCAUGAAACUAUCCACUAGAUAAAUGUCCAUCGGAUUGAUAGUGCGGAAAGUUUUUUCGACACUUAUUCGUUAGAGAGUGAUUUAACCGUUGGAUACCGUCAUCUGCCCUUUGAACAUCUGUGGUCAGGUGAUCAUGUUUAAAGAUAACAAAACCUUUAGUCUCAUGAAAAGCUAACGAAGCAGAGUAAGAUGUGAGCAAGGGCAAUUAGUUGAUCUUGUAAGAGAAAAGCUUAAGAUUUAGAGUUAUGGUUGAAAUUACAGAAUGAACAGAUUAACUCCUCUUUUCAAUUUCGUCUAACAAAAGAUCACACGGUGAUCAGUAUUUUAUAAUCGGAUGAAAAAAGGGCUUGCUUGAAUACCUAGAAACAGUUUGAAUGGAACUGUGAUAGAGAUUUAUGCCCCACGCGGAGGAUCGGCUCCAAAAACAAUUGUUUGUGAGUGUGUAUGUAGAAUAGGUUUUAGCAAAAGAAUUCCUAAUUUUAGCAGUAAACUCUCCGAUUUUUUCCCAUUGUCCUCGUAACUAAAUCACCCGGGAGUUGCACACAUUUUCCCUAACCACCCACUUAAUUUAGAAGGUUUUUGUGAUAAGCCCUUGAAUCUGUUUUUAGAGCUAUUUUUUCAACUACUAGAGUUACAAUUAUUCUACGUAAAGACGCGCUUUUGCUGAGAGGAAGGAAAUAAUCCACUUGAAUGUCACUGAAAACAACAUUCGCUUUCUUAGAGCUUAGUCACGGGUGGAAAAAUAGGUUUGUUAUCAUUUUUAGAAAAUUACUAAAAUCCUUCGGGAUUGUGAAUGCCAUGUUUUUGUGUAUGUACUUCACAGCACUGUUCGCGAUGUGAAUGUUUUAUCUUUAUUUUCGGGAUGUGAGAAAUACUUGUUUACAACUCAAUGUGUCCUUUUAUCAUUGGGACCAAGAGAUUCCCCGUGUCCUUUUGUCCUUUACAAAUUUCAAGCGCUUUCUUUUAAAGCUUGUCUAGGUUUAUUUUUCAAUGCUUCAAUGUAUCGCGUUCCAUUGUUGGAUAUCUCACGCCUUAGAACUGGCACUAAGACUAACUUCGUAUGGUUUGCAAAUGAGACUACAUACGAAGUGCAACUUUGAACAUUAUCGGUCAUAGAGUGUGAAAUUGCAUUACCUUAAUCAUUAGAAGGAAUUUUGAUGUAUUGCCUCUCAGUGCCAAUGAAAGUAAGAAGAGAUUUAAUUGAUGAUUUGACGCUUAAAUUAUAAGUUACGGUAACAUCAAGUCCUCCCUAAUCCAUUUGAUGGUCAUAAAAAACGAUAGCUAUAGAACCAUCGUAUCCAUGGGUCAUGUUUGGAACUGACAAGAUUGAACUUUUCCAGGUCAUCCAAGUUUGUGCUAUCGCCAUGAUGGAGACGGAAUAUGUGAACAAUUUGAGAAAAAAACCAGCAUCAAGGACUGUGGGUUCUACACUCCUGAAGGAUUUGAAGAUCAGUGGGCUGUAUCAGUGACAGUUAAUCCCAAUUACCGCGAGAGCAAGUGCCCCCCGGAAAGCGUCGUCCUGGGACCACCGCCUUUUGAUCUGGUAACGAAUUACAAUGUCAUCAUCAUCAUUUAUCUGCUAUUUUAUCAACAGUAACGAUAAAUAAAUUUACAGCACCGUGACAGGGAGGCGAGAAGACCUCAAGAAACCACUAGGCUAAUGGGAGAGGUCACCUCACUUUCAAUAAUAUAUGUGUAUUUGAAAAAAUAAGUGCCGCGAAUGUGCGGCAUGCCCAAUUAAGUGGUUAUUUUAGUAAAAACUUGAGCAUAUUCCUCUUUAAGCUAAGAAGACUUGACGAACGAGUGACUAAUACAUGAAGGAAGUUCCAAAUUACGGGCUAUUCUAGUGCCAUAGCGGUGAAUUUGGCUAUUUGUUACAGGAAGACUGAGAAGCAAUGGGGGCAAUAGGUUAUUUUGAAGAUAAAACAUGAAUUUGGCGAUUACAAACGUAUUGACCUAGGAAAUAUCUUUCUUUAGUCUUUCUUGCGAAGACUAAUUAAAGUUAUCACAUCCUUACACAGGUUUGUCAGGGCAGUUUUGACAAAGAAUAUCAAUUCGCAUGGGGUCCUUGCAAGGGAAGACGCACCCUCUUCAGGGAUGGUAACUACUGGCUGGAGGUCACCUUCAACCGAUCGGUCGUGCCCGCUGCAAUAGUGCUUUACCUCGGCUCCGAAGGUAAAGGAGAAUAUGAUUUUCAUGACAAGAACGUCAAAGUUGAGCUGAUAGGCACGAAUGGCCGCGUCAUGUCCGCGGGAAACCAGAGGACGAAUGUUUCAUGUAAGACCAAUCCAGCAGUCAUCCCAGUUUAUCAUGACAUGACAGAGCCAUUCUUUUACGUCCGUAAAGUAAAUAUCAGCUUCACCUCUCCCUUGGUCAGUAUAGCUGCCGUGGCCCUGCGCUCUAGAGCGCAGUUCGAUGUAGUAGAGAUGGCAAGAUGCAAAUCGGACGAGGUGUUUAGUCCCCACACACAACAGUGCCACAAAUACGACUGCGAGAGGCCAUCCUGUCAGAAACCUGUGGUCAAGCAUGGCAGCGUCAAAUGCGAGGGGACCGUGGAAGGGCAGACUUGUACAGUGACUUGUAAGCCAGGUUACCGACCGUUUAGGCCUUUCAAAAUUAUGUGUUUGGAUAAGAAAUGGGAAGGGAUCACUAGGGCUUGUGUGCCUGUCAACUGUGGCGUUCCAAGAAUCCCUAACGGAAAGGCUGGUUAGUAAUGAAAACUGUCAAUCAUUUUUGGCUCAUAUUUUCUAUUAUCAUUUUUUUUUUGGAUCGGGUGGUUUCAUUAAGUCAAAAUUUUGAUGCAGUGAACUCUAUUCCCAGGUUCUCUCGUUCCUGAGGGUGUUUGGGAGAGAAAGAGAGAAUCUGGGAACAAAGUGGUGAUAAGAUUAUCGUAUUGAUUUUUAAGUGGACAGAACUGAGCUAAGUCAUUCAACUCGUGAAGCUUAGCAUCUGACAGAAAAUCGAUUUACUAUUUUUAUUUAGCCUCUUUUCCUUUCUUUGCUGCUUUUGGCAUCAUCGUUUAACAAGAAUGCACAGAAUUUUCAUGGCAGGAUGUCUUCGUUAUUUGACACCAAGUCCUAAUAUUCAGCAUGAUAUUAAGGUCGCUGACUCAGGUUUACCACAAGGAAAGUAACGUUCUAUUGGGAUAAUGUAGCAAGCAAGAUGUUUUCUUGCUUGAAGAUGAUUUUAUAUUGAAGGUUUGGAGAAGGGGGGUAGACCACGAGCACUUAAAGAACCUAUUUUCCACACUCCUGUUGUGACUUCAACAUCAGUAUACCUAUCUGUUCUUAGAUUGCCCACAUGGUCAAACGUUUGGUAAGAAAUGCUAUAUAAAGUGCGCGCAGCAGACUAAAAUGAGCGCGGGGGAAGGAAGCGUGACGUGCGAAGAGGACGGCAAGUGGUCCGCGCAAACAGCGCACUGUGUCAUGACGUGUCCACACCCUGUAACACCAGCAAACAGCUUUCCUCGAGAGAACGACUGUUCUGAUGGCAAAAGAACUCUGUUUCCAGGCACGUCUUGUAAAUAUCAUUGUAAGUCUGGCUAUAGUGUGAAGGAGAGCGACGGUGCGAGGAAGAUCUUUAAGAUGCGCUGUACUAAGAGUGGUCGGUGGACACAGCCUGUAUGCGAACCUACCAAGUGUCCAUCCAUCUCUGUGAUGGCUAUGUGGUAUAAUUGCUCCAAUGGUAACGCCAUGGGUAGUGUUUGCACGAGUUUUUGUCCAGGACAAGAGGUGCGCACUACUUUUUAUCUUAAAAUCUGUUGGCAUAUUUUUCCCUCUGAAUGUAACGAUAUAGUAGUAGUGUAGGGUUGUAACGGUCUCGGUGCUUUUUUGUGGCGCAAAUGACUGCGCCAAAAUGUCAUCUAUUCUUUCACAUUCACGUUUGCAUUCGGCUUUGAAUCCAGUCUCUCUGUUGUUUUUGCGCUGGUCAACUUGGUCAGUUGUGGCCAAAACGACUCCUGAAAAAGUCCUUGGUGGAACGAAAAUGUGUAGGAAUGGAAAUUGGGAUUGAAAUAUAUAUGUAUUUCUUAACCUUAAAAGGAUGAUAAAAUGUGAUAACCCUUAUGUCGAUAUUUGCACUCGAGCUAAACAUGAAACUUGAUCUUACUUUCUUUUGGCAAAUCCUAUGUCCAGGUUCACCAAGUCAAAUGUGAAGAAACCGGAAAGUGGAGUGCACCUCUAAAGCGUUGUAUUACAGCUGGUCGGUGUUCAAAGCCUGAAGCGAAAGGGAUCAUCUUCCUUUGCAAUGACAACUUCCCUGGAGACACAUGCAAGCCCAGAUGUGAAACUGUCACGAAUGAUGUUGUGGACCCUGUAAGUGUCGCAUUUCACAGUGUCAUGUUUUCUCUUUUGCUUGACUUUGCCUGAUCGUUCCUUUCGUAUCUUUGAUUAUGUUCCAGGCUAGAAUUUAAUAAUCAGAUUCUGAGAAGCUUUAACCACCAUUAGUCUCUUAGUCAUUACUGCGAAGAUCAACCUUAUCUUCAUUAGUCUAUGCGUUGGUGUACGCCUUUGCCUUGCAUUUUCCGAGUUAACUGUUGUUAUUUUCUUAUAAAUGAAAACGCAUAAUCGAUGGUUAGUUUGUUUCUCAAAUGCUGACUUACAUGUAGUUUUGAUUAAUGGGUAAACAGACUUCUUUUCGUCCAAUUCUGUCUGUAAUUAUAUUCGUGAUUAGCAAAUCGGAAGUCAGCGUCCCUUUUAGUUUUGUUAAUCACUCGUAUGAUCAGAGACCGUAUUGGACUCUACUCAGUCUAUUUGCAUCAUAAAUUGUGGGAGAAUGGUUGUGGGAAAUGUUACUAUGAGCGUUGCUGGUUUUUUAAUUGAGGAAUAGUGAACCGCCUGCCAAUCUACAUGUACUGCACUGAAAAGCCAUAGUAACGCAUUUUCAUUCGUUUUAUAGGAUGACGAAGGUAAUUGGCAAGUGUCUUUAAAAUGCACUAUGAAACUUGACUGGUUCCCAGACCCCUCGAAGUUGCGAUGUGUUCCCAGUUGUCGUAUUGGGGACAUGAAAGACGGUUGGUGUGAUGCGGUGAACAAUAAUGCCCACUGUCGCUGGGAUGAAGGGGACUGCUGUCAAUCGACUACUAGUGACAGAGUGGUUCUCCGUUCGUAUCUUUGUGAACUAGGAGAAUGUUCUUGUAAAGACCCAAAUGCCAAAGAAAAUAACGAAAAACCCAGAGGAGAUGAUGAAGAUGACGACGAAGAUGAUGAUAAUGAUGAUAAUAAUUCUGAAGGAAGCGGAUCAGACGAAGAUAGACACCUAAGGACGUCAACAUGAUUCUAUCAUCCUCUACAGACGGUUCUGUAUUCUUACAUACGACUUUAAUAUUUGUAAUGCAAUCGAAAGAAAACAAAAUCACAAAGUCAGACUGGAUUUUUCGGCGACGGGAGGAACAAACUAAGGGUACUCUUUUCUUUUAGGCGCGAGUAGUGUAUGCCAAAUCAACAAGACUCCUGACGGGGGAACUAAGAGAGAUUUUUUAGGAUUAAGCCUUUCCACAAGUACACUUGUUUAACGUACUUCUUCGAAUAUUGAUGCAGUCAAAAUGUUUUUAUUUGUUACUUUUUUAAAAUUAUGUAACAAUUAGACUAUGGGAUGGGGUUACGAUGCUGAAGCAAAGGGUAGAAAUACUGAUGGGAUAAUCGAGUUUUUAACUGUGGUUUUUUUAAUUCAUUUUUUGAUAAAAUAAUGAUUUUCUUAAGACUGUUUGAAAGCCAAAGCAGGGAUUUACUACGUUUGAGCUGGGCUAUCGUUAUGACCUUUUCUGUGUCACGCAACGUUACGCUUGUCGGGAAAGAGCGUAGCCUUGCGUGACAGAUAGAACAUGAAGACAAAGCGAAGAUACUAUGCAUCUUAAAUUGUCAUGACUUCGUUUCCUGCACAGAUCAAAAGCAUUCUUGCUCAGUUGUUGCAUUUGAAAUCGUUGAGUUCGUUUUUUUCUUUGAGUUUGGUCGUAUCGGUAGAAACGAACUCGACGCAUAUCCUUGCCACUUUGAACAGUCAUCUGAAAAUUGUGCAAUUAGUUACCAUGUAACUUCGACGUGCAAUAUCUCAUUUAUCAUGAAUACGUCGCAGCUGAUUUAGUGCACAUUGCACGAAACGACUUUCAACCAAGAAAUGAGCAAUUGACACUUUCACGUUUCAAUAAUGUUAAGACAUCCAUUGAACUCGAAUCAAAAGAAGAAAGUGAACGAGCGAAAAGAAGCCGCGCAAAGACAUGGUGUGUGGGGCGGUAAAUGAGGACAGGGUGACUCCUGUUUCCAAUUUUUGCGCGGCGAUUUUUUGUUCGCACUCAUAAGGCCUGAAAAGCUAGGCGGGGCUGCUCAUAAAGAUCAAAGGGAAACUAAUUCUUAAUGAUCAUGUUUCAUGUUUCAUGUUUCCUUCUUUCGCAUGUAUUGGUGAAAGUUAUUUUUGUCUUUUGUCAAUCGGACUUGAACAACCGCGGAACCAUACAUAGUAAAACGUUUCGGUUGUGUGGCGUUAAAGUUUCCUAGAACCAGAAUCUAUCACCCACAGCGGGCUCAAUUCUCAAAAAGCGGUUGUUAACCCUUUGGAACCUGACAUCAGUAUGCAUAUUCUCCAUACUGUUCUCCAUACCUCCUACGCUGUUGACAUGGAGAAUUUGUUUAACAAUCAAAAAGCUUCUUUAGUUGGUGAUCAUUUACUUUGUUCUCCUGACCUUAAUGCUAAAAUCAAGGGUGAUAUUGUAAGGAUAAAUGAAAUGCUAGUCACUAUCGGGGGUUAAAGGGUUUAUUGAGCCCACAGUCUUGCCAACUUGAACUGUGCGCUGUAUUUCCGUAACGUACUUUUUGCAUUAUUUAGUUUGGUGCCGUGUGCAUCUAAAUGGAAACGUCAUCUAUAAUAUAAGACAAUUGUAACCCUAAUACAGAUAACGGGUUCUUCUUCGCCUAGAUCGUAAACAUAUCUUAGUUUCACUUAAACGAAAAUAUAACCUAUUUAUUCAAUAUCAUACCUUGUUUUAUUCUAUAUCUAUGAUAGUGAAAAUAAAUCGUUA